UCUCAGCAGCAUCCUUCCCAGGAGGAGGAGAAAAAAGCGGAGCAGCUAAACACGGGAAAGUUUUCGUUUGAGUCGCGAAAAGAAGAGCAGACAUGGAUGAAAACGAGGUCUUUGUUUUACUGUGAAACAAACAUAUUCAACCCCCGGUAGAAACAUGAUAACAUAGCCUUUUACUUUGGAAUGUGUUUGUUUUGUGUGAGRGGACGUGACGACGUUAGUGGAAAAGUUUGGAGCGGAGCAGCGUCAGGCUAUGGCGCGCGACACUGAAGACGCCGGCGUCGCCAAAGCAGCUUCGGAAGUCAAGAGGCAAAAAAAGAAGAAGCCCAAGGAGAACAAAACCAGGACUGUGCACGCGAAUAUACUCUACGACAACGCCAAGAGGGAGGAAAACCCCAACAGACACUACGCAAACAACAAAAUUAAGACCACCAAGUACACCGUGCUGUCAUUCCUGCCCAAGAACCUCUUCGAGCAGUUCCAUCGCUUUGCUAACGUUUACUUCGUUUUCAUCGCGUUGCUGAACUUCGUCCCGGUUGUGAACGCUUUUCAGCCCGAACUGGCCUUGGCUCCGGUGGUCUUCAUCCUGUCGGUCACUGCCAUCAAAGACUUGUGGGAGGACUACCGAAGACACAGGUCGGAUAAAGAAAUCAAUCACAUGGACUGUCUGGUCUACAGCAGAGUGGAGAAACGCUAUGUGGAAAAGUACUGGAAAGAGCUGCGUGUUGGAGACUUUAUCAGGCUACGGUGUAAUGAGAUCCUACCUGCCGACGUUCUGCUGCUCAGCUCCAGCGAUCCGGACCGCCUGUGUCACAUAGAGACCGCCACCCUGGAUGGAGAGACCAACCUCAAGCAGAGGCAGGUCGUCCGGAGCUUCUUUGACCUGGACUGUGAGUUUGAUCCGGUGAAGUACAACAGCAUCAUUGAAUGUGAAAAACCCAACAACGACCUGAACAGGUUCCGAGGCUACAUAAUCCAUCGAAGCGGCAGAAGAGAUGCACUUUACCAAGACAACCUGCUCCUGAGGGGAUGCACUAUUCGCAACACCGAGGAAGCCGUGGGAAUAGUCAUUUACGCAGGUCAUGAGACCAAAGCCAUGCUGAACAACAAUGGGCCACGUUACAAGCGCAGUAAGCUGGAGAGACAAAUGAAUGUGGAUGUGUUCUGGUGUGUUAUCAUCCUGCUAGUUAUGUGCCUGCUUACUGCUGUUGGUCAUGGGCUGUGGAUGUUUCAGUAUGGAGAUAAGAGACCCGUGUUUGAUGUUCUUAGUCCUGAAGGGAAAGACUUAUCACCAAUCAUGUCAGCCAUUUACCUCUUCCUCACUAUGAUCAUUGUCUUUCAGGUGCUGAUACCCAUCUCUCUUUUUGUGUCAAUUGAAAUAGUCAAAAUCUGCCAAGUGUACUUCAUCCAUCAGGACUUGGAUUUGUACGAUGAGGAGACAGACUCUCACCUGCAGUGCAGAGCACUUAAUAUCACUGAGGAUUUGGGCCAGAUGCAGUACAUCUUCUCUGACAAGACUGGCACGCUGACGGAAAACAAGAUGGUGUUCCGACGCUGCACUGUGGCCGGGGUGGAGUACUCCCAUGAUGCAAAUGCCAAAAGAAUUGCCAUGUAUCAGGAAAUGGAUUCAGAGGAGGAAGAAUGUAUGUCUCGAGGUGGCACUCUGCCCAGGCGGGACAGUAUAACCAGUCACCAGAGUGCCCGCGUAGUGCUGCGCUCCCAUAGCACCAAGUCUCACCGCAGGACAGGCAGCAGGGCGGAGGCCAAGCGAGCCAGCAUCCUGUCAAAGCACACAGCCUUCAGCAGCCCCAUGGAGAAAGAUGUCACCCCUGACCCUCAGCUCCUGGACAAAGUCAAUGAAUGCAGCAGUCAGUUGGACUUCAUGCGCUUCCACAGCCAGCCCAUGUCCCAGCUGCCCUCUGACCUCUCUGACAUCAUUGAUUUCUUUAUCGCUCUCACCAUCUGCAACACAGUGGUGGUGUCUUCCCCCAAUCAACCCAGGCACAAGGUACGGAUGAGGUUUGAGCUGAAGUCUCCAGUUAAAACCAUUGAAGACUUCAUCAAGCGCUUCACCCCCAGCCGCCUGACCUCAGGCUCCAAUAGCAGCAGCUCCUCCAGUCUGAACCGCUCCUCCAACAAGGGAUGCUCCAGCCUGCUCUCCUCACCCUCAGCAGAGAGCACACUUACCAAGCUGAACGAGGAGCAGCUUUCUGGAUGUUUGGAGCACACCUUCAGCCCUGUCCCGCCCUCCUAYGAUGGAAAGACCUGCACCAUGGAGGAAGGAGAGCUGCGCUAUGAGGCGGAGUCACCUGACGAGGCUGCGUUGGUCUACGCUGCCAAGGCCUACAAGUGCUCCCUGGUUGGGCGGCUUCCUGACCAGGUGACCGUGGAGCUGCCUCAUCUGGGAAAGCUCAAUUUUGAGCUGCUGCACACGCUGGGCUUCGACUCCACCAGGAAGCGCAUGUCCGUGGUGGUUAGACACCCUCUCACCGAUCAAAUCACUGUGUAUACCAAAGGGGCAGACUCUGUCAUCAUGGACCUCAUCAAACCUCCUGACACAGGCAGCUCUAAAGGGAAACGCCAGAAGAAGAUAGUCUGCAGGACCCAGAACUACCUGAACCUGUAUGCUGCAGAUGGCCUUCGUACACUGUGCAUCGCAAAAAAGGUUUUGAGCAAAGAGGAGUAUGCCUGCUGGCUGCAGCGUCACUUACAGGCAGAGACGGCCAUUCAGGGGAGGGAGGAGCUGCUCUUUGAGUCGGCCUUGAGACUGGAGACAAACCUUCAUCUUUUGGGAGCAACUGGCAUCGAGGACCGGCUGCAGGACGGCGUCCCUGAAACGAUCGCUUCGCUGCGGAAGGCCGGCCUGCAGAUAUGGGUGCUAACAGGAGACAAACAGGAAACGGCCGUCAACAUUGCGUACGCCUGCAAACUGCUGGACCCCGAGGAGGAGAUGCUGACUCUGAAUGCUGACUCUCAGGAGUCAUGUGCGCUGCUGCUGGAGGAGAGUUUACACUACAUCCAGGCCAAAUUCCUCUGCAGCUCGGGAGUCCCAUCCACCAAGGCCUUCCAGACCAACUUUCCCYCCUUUGAAAUGUACCCCCCCUCCUCUCCGUCCUCCUCAUCCUCCCACACCGCUCCCUUCUUGGUGCACCGGCUGGGCCUGGUGAUUGAUGGGCGCACCUUGGCCUAUGCCCUGGACAAGAGCUUGGAGGAUAAGUUUCUGGCUGUGGCUCGGAGCUGCCGCUCGGUCCUGUGCUGCCGCUCCACGCCGCUGCAGAAGAGCAUGGUGGUCAAGCUGGUGCGGAACAAGCUGAAGGUCAUGACCCUGGCCAUAGGUGAUGGGGCUAACGAUGUCAGCAUGAUCCAGGUAGCAGACGUGGGCGUGGGGAUCUCAGGACAAGAGGGCAUGCAGGCGGUGAUGGCGAGCGACUUUGCCCUCCCUCGUUUCCGGUAUCUCCAGAAGCUCCUGCUGGUUCACGGACACUGGUGCUACUCUCGACUGGCAAAUAUGAUCCUAUACUUCUUCUACAAGAAUGCCAUGUUUGUAGCGCUCAUCUUCUGGUAUCAGUUCUACUGUGGCUUCUCUGGCUCAGCCAUGAUCGACCAGUGGUAUCUCAUCUUCUUCAACCUGAUGUUCUCUGCUUUCCCUCAACUCAUCACUGGCACUCUGGACAAAGACGUGUCAGCAGAGACGCUCCAAAAACUACCUCAUCUCUACGCGAACGGCCAGAACUCUGAGGAAUAUAAGCCAUACAUGUUCUGGAUCAAUAUGAUCGAUGCCUUCUACCAGAGUCUGGUCUGCUUCUUCAUUCCUUACUUUGCCUACUCUGACUCAGACGUGGAUCUGUUUACAUGGGGGACUCCCAUCACCACCAUAGCUUUACUCACCAUUCUGGUGCAUCUGGGCAUCGAGACCAAAACUUGGACCUGGAUGAACUGUGUGUCCAUCGCCUUCAGUGUAGCUUUGUUCCUGGCCGUGGCUGUGUGCUACAACGCCUCCUGCCCCACCUGCUACUCUCCUUCUAACCCCUACUGGACCAUGCAGAGGCUGCUGCAGGAGCCUCUGUUCUUCCUGCUGCUCACCGUCACGCCUGUAGCGGCUCUGCUGCCUCGAUAUUUCUACAGGGCGUGUCAAGGCACUCUGUUUCCAAACCCAGUGCAAGUUGGGAGGCAGUUAGAUAAGCUCCCGGCCGACACCCGCAGGAACAUCCUCAGUCUGAGCAGGGUGAAGACGGGGUCAGCGCUCAGCCCCGAGCCUCCCUUCCUGUCCCUCAGCACGCUUUUGCCAAGAAGUUGUAUUCAUAAAGAGCAGAGGAGCGUCCCUGGCUGCAAAGCACCGCAGGCCAAACAGGCCUCUGUCCUACAAACAAAUGAAGAACGGGGUCGGAGACCGUCGCCCACACACACUGAGAACCACCUCACAGAUCUCUGCAGUGGAGCUCCUUCAGGACUGAACCCUCACCCCAACACCAGAACUGAUCCUCCGCUCCCGAGGAGGCCGUCGCCGCCUCCUCUCACCAAAGACUCAGAACGUUUUAAUCAAACUUUAAAGCUUUCAGAUCAGUGUGGCCCCAGCAGGACCGCUUCCACGCCUCCGGUCUCACAGACGGACAGCGUCCAGCUGAACCUGCCCUCCGACAGAGCCUCGCACUCCGUCAAAUACUCCCGGAGCUCAGAGGAAGGACUGGGACCUGAUCAGCCGGCUCACAGGACUGAGGAGGGGGUAGAGGAGUCUCAGCACACUGCCUUAUGAUGUUAUACAACUCUCAAACUGGCUCAUUCUAUUUGCACAAUAGUUUUUUAACUAACUUUAUUCUAAACUUAAGAGAUUUUUUUACAAAAUAUAUAAAAAGGUACUUUUAUAUUUUCAAUUCAAAGCUAAGAAGGUCUAUUUUAAAUCAUUAGAAAAUGCAAGAACUGGAACAUCUCCUGUUUUUAAAUGUGGAUGCAUGUCAGUAAUUCAGCUGGUUUCAGACAGAAGCAGAACAGUUGAGAAACAUUCCUCUGCAGAUUUAACGUUGGAGCUCGUUUUAGUCCCAACACGCCGGUGCUUCUUUCAGCUCGGCCCGCCCGUGGCCUCAUGGAUCACUGCUGGGAUUUUACUCCYGAGGAGACCAAAACAUUUUCAGUCCUCGCUGCUGGAGUUCCAUCAUGUUGAUGCUUUUUAAAAAAAGUUUUCAGUGGUUAGAAUCUUUAUUUUUCUAAGUUGACAUAAUCAUGGAUUUAUUAGUGCUGGGUCAUUUUGCUCAAUUCUUCUAAAAAAUGCAUUUGUAGCAGUUUUUUCUGAAUAGUGCAUUCACUCUAUGAUGUCUGAGUUAAAGUAUAUUUAUGGAUUAUAACACUU